AUGAAUGAAAUCAUCGUUUUAGGGAUGAUGUCAGUUCUAUUCACCAUUGCUUGCAUUUAUAUAAUUGUAUCGAUGUAUGGAUUAACUAUUCAUUGGGUGAUUCAUAAAGAGUUAUUAGUUUAUAGAUUAAGUGCAUGUUUCGUCACGUCAAUCUUUGGCGUGAUUGGAAUCAUUUUUCACUUCUUUGCGAUUGUCAUGAUUUUUUAUAACCAAAAAAGAUAUCACAAAACGAGAACUAUCUUCUUAUCACUCCUCGUUCUGGAAUUCAUCACUCUCACUCCUUUCAUUACAAUCACGUGGGUGAAGGGUUCUCACGAAAAUUUCAAUUUCUCAGAUUUUCAAAAUGACAGAAAGAGAUCCCUUGAAGUCCAGGUUUGUUUUCUAACAAUUUUAUUAUUUAAAGAAUCAUUUUUUUAA